AAUAAUUCUCAUUGCGAUAUGGCCGCACAAACAAAUGAUCAAAUAAAUUAUGAGUAACCGGUAAUGAUACGACCUAUAUAAAGCUGCUCGGCUCUUUUUCUAAGUAGUACAACAGAGAAUCUUUGUUAGAACAGUCAUGAAGACCAUCAUCAUAGUAGCUUUGUUCGCGCUGGUCGCUGUGGCCACCGCCGCUAACCAUUCGCGCGGAUGCAUUUACAUUAUGGGAAGAUGCCAACGUGAGUGCGAAGAAGGCACCCACGCGUACACGACUGGCUGCAGCAAGAAGACCCCGGAGCCCACGUGCGAGGAACCGAACCCUGUGGAGGAAGAUGCUAUCAUCUGCGACUACUCAGCGUGCUACUGUGACGCGCCCAACGUCCGUGACACAAAGACGAACAAAUGCGUACCCCUGGACCAAUGCUCUUAAAUCCAUGGCAGUAGAGUUUGGUCUUCUUGUCAAUAUCUAGAAUUUCAUGACUGUUACGUAUUAAAAUGAUUUAUUGGAUCUUAAUCACUUUGUUUCUAAGUCACUUACUAUCAGGCCAUUAUCUUGUACUUUCAAGUUUCACACGAUGUCACUUUAACCUGGAGUGAGUUGGAGACGCAUUUGGAUAUUUUAGUCUUCAACAACAUCUGGCAUUGUCCAGCUUGGACUUUGUGUUCGCAUGUCCAGCAGCUAUUGUUCUUCUAAACAUCAAAGUGACGUCGUUUGCUCUUAUUCUGUUCUAGAAGCAAGUGACAACAUUAGACCAUCUGCUAUUUUUCUGUUCUAAAUACAAGGCUAACCUUUAGUGUCUUGCCUUCCGCAAGUAUUUAUAUUAUAGUUUUAUUAUAUUUAUAAAAUGAUUUUUACAUUUCGAUAUUUCGUGUAUUUGCCCCAAUUCUUCUGUAUUUAUAUAUUGGUAAGAUUGAAGGUUUUCGCUGCUAUAAUUAGACUAUAUUAUGAAUAAAAGUAUGCGUAUAAUGUA